GCUAAAAGUUAAUGCACAAAAUCUGUAUAAAUCAUGGUCCUGGAAAACUUAUCUAGAGUGCCAAAGAAAAAAUACUGGCAUAGCCUGUAAGAAAUGUCAUUGAGCAUCAAUAGAGACAUUUUCCCUGCUUCUCUGUACGAUACACCUAUGAUACACUUUUUUUGUGUGUAUCAUAGGUGUAUGAGGCAUAUCAUAUGAUAUGCCCACCAUAUUGCACAGUACACCUGAUAUGCCCCAUAUCUUACAAUAUGGCGCCAGGGCCACAAAAUGCAUAUCAAUCCCCUUUUAUUCAAUAUUUUUUUUUUAAAUUGCCCCUCCCCUUCAUUCCAAACAUUUUUAGGAGCUUUGGGAAGGUGCUUUUAUCGGUUUUUGAGAGAAAUCACCUAUUUGGUUGAUAAAUCAACAAGUUGAGAGAAAAAAAAAACGUCAGUUUGAAGGAAGAUUUGCAUGCUGGAGACCAAUCAUGUUUGGAGGAAAAAGGCUUUUGCAUUUCUUUACAAAAGGUAUUAAAUUUCUCACUUACAUUGUAGUUUUUCAUUUUUUCUAAAGUUCACCAUAGAUUUUUAUUUGUUUUAUAAAGAUGAGGCUUCCAUAUGGCAAGGUGAGUGCGAUUGAUCAGCUAAAAGUUAAAUGCUAUGUCACACGGACUCUUCAAAAAAGGGGCCACACCCAUGUCGACACGACGCUGGUGUUGGUGCUGGUGCUGAUACAUGUGCGGUUCCAACACACAUCCCAACCACAUCCUUUUUUAUGCAUGUUCAAAAUAUUUUCUGUAUUUUUUUUCUCUUUGUCCCUUUCUUUCUUUAUGUACAAUAAUAAAAGUAAAAAGAAAGGCUAGACUAAGCUAAGAAAAAAGCUCUGUAAAAAGGAGGAGUACCCGUCCGGUACCAGUACGACACUGUACCGGUACCGGUACAAGCUUCGGUACGCCAUUGGUGCGGCGUUGACCGUACGGGGUACGGUCAAUGCACCAGAGGCCGUAUCCGUCCUUUUAUGGACACGGUCAAAGUUGACCGAAUCCAAAUAUGUCCAUUUUUUAAUUUUAACGAUUAUUUGAUUUUAUCUUUUAAAACUAUUUUAACGUUAAAAAAAACGUAAGUUCGAAACCCUUAAAACUUAAAACAUGUUUUCGUUUUAAGUUUUAAGGGUUUUCUCACCUCUUACCGAGCGACGUCCGGCAACAGCAGCGGCAGCGAAUGCAGGGGCGGCGAACGCAAGGGCGGAACGGCGAUGGCAGCAGCGGAACGGCAACGGCGAUGGCAGCGGCGAUUGUCACGGGUAUUUUUCAUUUUUCUUUUCAUUUUCAUCGGCUCCACCCCUGCCUUCACCGCCGGCGACGACAGUCGGCGAUCUUGAGUCUGUUUUUUGUGUUCCCUUUGUUUGUGUUUGUGUUCCCUUUGCAUUGUAUGUUGCACUUGAUGAUUCUGAGUUUUUCGAUCAUGUGCAUAGAAUUUUAUUAAGAAGAUGGAACAGAAGCAAUAACCCUUUGCAUUGUAUGACACACUCCUUAAAUCUCAAAUAUUAUGGACAAACAUGGUUGGCAGGAGGUACUGGUCGUGUUCCUCCUAAUCGAGAUCCAGAAAUAUCAAAAAAUAGGGAGAUAUGUUUGGGAAGACUAUAUUUUGAUUCUCAUCGGUUGAAGAUAAUAAAUAAUGAGUUUGCGACCUUCUCUGGUGGAAGAAAUGAUUCAAUACAAGCUGUAAUGGCAAGAGAUGAAGAAGAUCCUGUUAAUUGGUGGUUAUGUUUUGGAGCAUCGACACCAAAUCUCCAACAACUUGCAUUGAAGUUAUUAUCUCAACCUGCAACCUCUUCAUGUUGUGAAAGAAAUUGGAGCACUUAUUCUCAAAUUCACAACAUCAAGAGAAAUAAGCUAACUAGUAAGCGAGCAGAAGAUUUAGUUUAUGUCCACUCCAACCUACACUUACUUUCACGUACUUCAAGUGAUUACAGUUCAGGAUCAUCCAAGUAUUGGGAUGUUAAUCCAGAAGACAUUGACGUAGAACUUGAAGGAGAACAUGAUUUGCAUGCUCUUAAUAUGGAUCUUAUAGAACCUGUUGUUCCUUAUAAUCUUGAUGAUGCAACUGAGGAGUGAGAAUGAAAAUCAACAAAGUUAAUGUAUUUUGAAUGUUAAUUAUGAGACUGAGGAGAAUGAGAAUCAAGACUGAUAAAUUUUGGAUUAUGAUUUAUGAAUAUGUUAUUCGGUUUGUAAUUUUUGAUAUAUAUAUGUGCAAAUAUGUUAUUUUGUUUGAAAUUUUUUGACAUAUAUAUGUAUAUGUGCAUGUGUGUUUACGGCCGUACCCCCGCACCCAAGUUUUUUAAAAAUGGUCCGC